AUCUAUUCCUUUGAGUUUGCUCUCUUCCUUUUUCUGUCAAUUUUUUGGUUUCGAGAUUAUGGCAGAGAUAAAAUCAGAUUCGAAAUCAAUCGUUGUUUCUGAUGUGGUUCCCGUGAUGUCUAAAAUCACGGACCAUAAGUUGAUUGGUUCGAAUUAUUUAGAAUGGAGUAAGACGAUUCGACUGUAUUUGAGGAGUAUUGACAAAGAUGAUCACUUGACUGAUGAUCCUCCUGAAGAAACAAACGAUUCAAGGAAAAUAUGGCUCCGUGAGGAUGCUCGCUUGUUCCUUCAAAUUCGAAAUUCUAUCGAUAAUGAGGUAAUUAGUUUGAUUAAUCAUUGUGAAUUGGUUAAAGAACUAAUGGGUUACUUGGAGUUUUUGUAUUCUGGCAAAGACAACAUAUCUCGCAUAUAUGAUGUUUGCAAAGCUUUUUAUCGCGCGGAGAAACAAGAUAAGUCUCUUAUGAAUUAUUUUAUGGCUUUCAAGAAAACAUAUGAAGAACUUAAUGUGCUAUUACCGUUUAGUCCUGAUGUAAAAGUUCAACAGCGCCAACGAGAACAGAUGGCUAUUAUGAGUUUUCUUGCAGGACUCUCAUCUGAAUUUGACUCUGCAAAGUCACAAGUUCUCUCUGGUUCUGAUGUCUCCUCUUUACAAGAUGUGUUUACUCGUGUUCUUCGCACAGAGACUACCUCUUCAACUCCUCUUAAUAGCGCCUUGGUGAGUCGUAAUAAUUCUGCACCGGAAAGAAACUCUACUCCAAGUGGAUUUAAAGGAGGUAAUUCACAAGGACCUGAUAACCGCACACCAAAUUCUGGGAGCAUCAUGUGCAAUUAUUGUAAGAAACCAGGCCACACCAAGUUUGAGUGUAGGAAGUUACAAUUUAAGAAUCGACAACAACACUCUGCCAAUAUUGCAAGCACUAGUGAUGCAUCUGACAAAUCGGUCCUUAUUUCUGCUGAUGAAUUUGCCAAGUUCUCAAGGUAUCAGGAAACACUUAAGUCUUCAUCUUCUUCUGUCACUGCGAUUGCUGAUUCAGGAUCUUAUGACGAAGAAGAUUAUUGGUAAAGGACAUGAAUCUGGUGGCUUGUAUGUUCUUGACCCACUUCCGCCAACCUCUAUUGCUUGUUCGAGUGUUGCUUCCGCUUUUGAGGCUCAUUGUCGUUUAGGUCAUCCAUCCCUUCCUUUGCUCAAGAAACUGUGUCCCCAAUAUAGUACUUUAUCUUCGUUAGAAUGUGAGUCAUGUC